AUCCCCUUGGGAGCGAGAGCCGUGACUUCCUCCGCACCUCCCUGCAGUUACACGCGACCCUCCAGCCGACACCAUGGUGCAGUGGACAGCCGAGGAGAAGCAACUCAUCAGCGGCCUUUGGGGCAAGGUCAACGUGGCCGAAUGCGGUGCUGAGGCCCUGGCCAGGCUGCUCAUCGUCUACCCCUGGACCCAGAGGUUCUUCGCUUCCUUCGGCAACCUCUCCAGCCCCACUGCCAUCACUGGCAACCCCAUGGUCCGUGCCCACGGCAAGAAGGUGCUCACCUCCUUCGGGGAUGCCGUGAAGAACCUGGACAGCAUCAAGAACACCUUUGCCCAUCUGUCCGAGCUGCACUGCGACAAGCUGCACGUGGACCCCGAGAACUUCAGGCUCCUGGGUGACAUCCUGAUCAUCGUCCUGGCCGCCCACUUCGCGAAGGACUUCACCCCCGAGUGCCAGGCCGCCUGGCAGAAGCUGGUGCGCGUCGUGGCCCACGCUCUGGCCCGCAAGUACCACUAAAGCGCUGGCAGGAGACUCCUCCGGCCGGGCAGAAGGCGGCACAGAGCCGGCGGCAUGUGACA